AUGUCCCACAAUCGUGACGGGCACGGCGACGAUGCUCCAUCUGGUCCUCAUCCCGACCAGCUUGCCUGUCUACCCGACGAUAUUCUUCUACACAUAUUCGAGAUAGUCGGCAGAGUCUCCAAGAGUGAUCUCUGCCAUGUGUCUCGGUUGAACAAGCGAUUCCACGUACUGGCCGACUCUCUGUUGUACAAGACCGUCCAUUUCGACACCCCAGAGCAUCAUCUCACCUUCAGCCAGUCUCUUGCCCGCCGCCCACGGCGCGGGUCUCUCAUUGUCGGCGUAAGGCUGGAGUAUCCAGAAUCCGAGCUAUCGCACCUCCGUCUAGAUGCCCCGGUCCACGGGUCCCACUACGCUCCCUCACUUUUCGACGGACUGUCCCGCGCUAUCUCGACCAUGUCGAAUCUGGAGAUGCUCGACAUCUCGGUGCCGGACACUCUACUUCAUGGUAUCGGUACUUUGUUCAACGGUCCGUUCGACUUGGCCUACCUGAAGACGUGCACACUGUUCUACCAGUGCCCGGACGAUCAAUACUGGGAUCUGCAGGAAAAUAUCCACAUAUUCGCGCACCCGACGCUCGAGACGCUGAUCAUCAAGAGGGCUAAAUUGGACCAUCGGGGCUUCGAUUUUAUCGAACAGCCUCACCAGACAGCACUCAAGAAGCUGCACCUUAUCGAGUGCGAUAUCAAUGAUGACGCGCUCUCUGACAUUCUCGAGUUCCCCGAAGCCCUCAAGGAGUUCGUCAUGACCCAGGUACCAGAACCGGUGCCGGAGCUGGUAGACAGCUCUGACAACAUCGCCGACUACAUAUGCGCACUGAGUUCGGCGAGUCAUUCAUUGCAGUCAAUCCUCAUCGACUUUCCAUCCCUGAGCGGCUUCAAGGCCUUGCGCAUGAGAGACUUCGUCGCACUCAAGACUCUACGCGUCAAUUGGGACUACCAGCUCUUUGGAAAGUCGUCCAAGAAGCCACGCAUGCACUCGGUCGGUCUGCCGCCUGAGCUCGAGACUCUGGAGUUCUUCAAUGAGCUGGGAACAGAUGAGGGGGUGACGGACUUGCUGCUGUACGCCAUUCAGAACAAGGGAGUCACAGCCAGGAACCUGAAAACGAUGAUCGUGGUCGAGGGGGACGAACCCUCGUUGUCCUGGGAGCUGAAGGAGGCCUGCAAGUCGCAGGAGCUAGAGUUACGCAUCAUUGGACAACUUGACGAGGAAUAG